GCGGACAACCCGGGCCAACCACAGAGACCCCAACACUCCCUGAGGGCGUGCAAAGCUCCCCACAAAUGAGCACAGCACAAGCGGCGCACCAACGCCCAGGGAGAGGGGAGAGGGAGAGGGGAAAACAAGACGACCAGUGGGAAGCAACAAGACCGCCCACGACUUCACUCAACCCACAUACUCACCUCAGGGACAGCACCGCAAACGUGUCCCACAAGCAGGCAGUCACCCACAAAAGUCUACCACAAGCUGCACCCCCGGGACGCAGGGGAACAGAUCCCAGCUGCACCACCGCCGGACCCGCCAGAACCAGCCUCACACACGGGCAUCAUCUGAAUAGGUUUACCUGGACUAUCCAAACAGCUCCAAGCACACCAUGUAUGGACAUAAGCGCUUAUAAUUAA